AUGAUUCAUUUGGAACUGUCACCGGUUAUGCCAGCUUUAAAACAUCCACACAAUGUGCCCAUUACAGUGGGAUCCAAUAGUACAACAGAGAACACCAAUAUGAAAAAAAAAGAUACCAGAGAGCAAAAUCUUUCUAAAGAAAUAAUACACCCUUCUUCACCAACAUCAUCUAAUGUUGCGACGCUGGAUAUCUCGGAGUUCACAAAUGAAACGACCAUGUCCUCCGUCGAUAAUACAGACACAGUAGGGAACCACGAAGGUCAUCUAAAUGUGCUAUUGGCUGGAUCAGAUGGUAACGUUUCUGAUAAGGAUGCUUCCAUACUCACUAUCGCGCCGAUUCUGCUGCUGCUGCACUUUGAGGAUGCCCUGGAUUCAUUGCUUAAAAAUUUGACCAUGUCAACACGAGAAAAGAGAUCUCAAACGGUUGAUCCCAUUGACAGUGUUUAUCUGAUGCCCAUGGCUAAUCUUACUACUGCUGCUGCAGCAGCUGGUGAUGAAGGAAAGCCAAAAGAAGAAGCUGCUCAAAUACCCAAACCUACUCUUAGUUUGGAUACAUCAUCAGCCAGUGUACAGCUAUCAGCGUCAAAAUCAAAUGCGAUUCCUGAGUUUUCAACACCUGUUCUCAUAGCGUCUGCACCAGCUGCUUACCGUCGUCACACUACACCAACCUUCAAAGAGUUGACUCCUGAGCUUCAUGACAGAUUAUCGUCGACAAAAGGCCAGCAACAGCCAAGUUUAAUUUUAUCUACGCUGGACGUGGAUAUUUCUAAUGAAAUCCACAAGCCCGUCGUAACAAAGCGGAACACUUACGCGAAUGGUUUCCACAACAUUUCAGCACACAAUACAGUUACCAGAGGUAGUAAUUCCAGUUUGCUGUCAAAGAGGAACUCGGUAACAAACCUGGAAAUAAAAAAAAUGAUUGAUACCAUUAUGGAACAUCGAAAGCAAGCAAAGAACAAACGUAUGUCGUUUGAAGAAGAUAGUUCAACAGCAGCAGCAGCAUCUCCUACUGCCGCCUUAUCAUCCGCUUCUAGAGAGCCUUCAGGUCCUGUGGUGUCGCCUGUGGGUGCCCCUGUUAUUUCUACAAGAUCAAGAAGGAAGGGAUAUUCCUUUGAUGAGAAGUAUCCAACUUUGGGAAACAAAGUCAGUGAAGGUCAUGAGAAUUUUGUUAUGGCAUAUAAUAUGUUAACUGGAAUUAGAGUUGCAGUUUCCAGAUGUUCAGGAGUGAUGACAAAACUUACUCAUGAGGAUUUCAAGACAACGAAGAAACUAUCGUUCAAUAUUGAUGGAAGCGAGUUGACUCCUUCUUCUAAGUAUGAUUUCAAGUUUAAGGACUAUAGUCCUGCAGUGUUCAGAGAGUUACGUUCACUUUUUGGAAUUGAUCCAGCUGAUUAUUUAGUGUCGAUAACUGGGAAGUAUGUUCUCAGUGAGCUAAGCUCUCCUGGGAAAUCCGGUUCAUUCUUAUAUUACUCGAAUGAUUUUAGAUUUAUUAUCAAGACUAUUCACCAUUCAGAACACAAGCAACUACGUCGUGUUCUCAAAGAUUAUUAUGAACAUGUUAAGGAAAAUCCUAACACUUUGGUUUCUCAAGUCUAUGGCUUACAUAGAGUAAAGAUGCCAUUUCGAAAUGGAAGGCUACGCAAAGUACAUUUUUUGGUAAUGAACAAUUUGUUUCCGCCUCAUAGAUCUAUCCAUGUGAAGUAUGAUUUGAAGGGUUCAACCUGGGGUCGUCUCACAAAGAUUGAAGGUCCUGAUGCAGAUCUUAGCAGCGUUACAUUAAAGGAUUUGAAUUGGCUUGAACGAGAUGCUAGAAUCAAGUUUGGUCCUCGAAAACGAAAUCUAUUCUUUAAACAAUUAGAUUCGGACGUGAAAUUCCUUCAAAAGAUCAACUCAAUGGAUUAUUCGCUUUUACUAGGAAUUCAUGAUGUCAAGAAGGGGAACAUACAAGCAAUGGCGAAUCAUUUAUCUGUGUUUGAUCCAAGAUCCAACGAUAAAGAUGAGUUGAUCCGUACUAAUCCACGUGAUAUUCAAGAUGAUGAUUUACCCAGCAAUGUAUUCCCUGGAAGAUCCAAAUAUGUAUUCUAUGGUCAUGAUGGUGGUAUAAGAGCCACAGGAGAGGAUAAUAAUCCGAUACAAGAAAUAUAUUAUUUGGGAAUAAUUGAUUUCUUAACCAAAUAUAAUUGGAUUAAGCGGAUUGAGACUGUAUGGAGGUCUAUAAGUCAUCCUAGAGCAACUAUCUCAUCUGUUCCUGCUACUGAGUACGGCGAUCGAUUCUUAAAGUUUAUUAAGGUUGGAACUACGCAACCAAAAACUAAACAAGAAUAA